GCCCACAACCAGCUCACACAAAACAGACUUCAGACGGUAGGAGGUUGUGUAAAAUUGUCAACAGCGCUUCGUUGUAUAUAAAUACGGAUUCUUUAUGAAAAUUUCGUGCAGUUCAUUAUCGAGUUUAAGUUUUUCAGCAUCUGCUUUUAACAUAAAAACCAAUCAUGAAUGUAUUGUGGGAAGUGACCUUUAUCUUGGCCGUCGCAUCCAGUACACUGGGUAUGCUGCUGCCGUUCAAAUGGUCCAGCCAUGCUGCUGAUGAUGCCACGCAGCAAUGGAAUUUUCUGUUAAAUAAAUGGGCGGUGGCAAAGAAUCUUCAUCUGCAACAUUUCUCAUGGAAAUCCUGCGGAACCACCGCCGACAUCGUUAAAAUCGACAGCAUCAGCAUUUCACCGGAUCCCAUCCAGUUGGGCUCGCCAAUGAAAAUCACUGGAUCUGGAUCCAUCACCAAACAAAUAGACCAGCUGGAGAUCGAUGUCGUGAUUCAAAAAAAGGUUUUCGUAUGGAUUACAGUCCCAUGUGUGGAUGGAAUGGGAAGCUGCAAUUAUACCGAUGUAUGCAGUCUGUUGCCGCCUCAGCCCUGUCCUGAACCCUUUCAGCAGCAGUCCAUUCCAUGUACUUGUCCAUUUCCGGCGGCAACGUAUAACGUCAAGGAUUUGCCGGUGAUGUUCACACCAUCCAAACAAAUUCCUUCCUGGCUAGAUAAAGGUGAUUUCAAAGCCCACGUUGUGCUGAAAGCUGGCGAGAUCCCUUUGGGAUGCUACGAUCUGGAGUUAAAUAUUGUCGGAGCAAAGGAUCGAAAGAAGAUCACUCACGAAGACAACUGAAGGGCCAAUUUCCAGAAUGCUGAUACGAAAGACGCAAGGCCAAAACACCAUCUAGAAUUCUCGACAUUAUUGGACUGUUUUAUAAUUUACGCUUCUAAAGUGCCGACGGUCUGUUCAAAUAGGUUUUGUUUUCAUAUAAAUUAACGUAAAUUUAUGGGCCAAGCACCGCAACAUAAAAUUCUGCAAAAGAAA